UACAUCGUAGAAUUAUUUUCAUUACAUUCAUGCGUUUUAUCGACUGAUUAAGUAUUUUUCAAUUGUUAUACAAUACAUUAUAUUUAAAUACAUUGUUGAAUUAUUAUACAGCAAUUAGAAAAGAUUGUCAUUGUUAUAUUGUUAAAAUAUAUUAUUUUUAAAAGGAAAAUCUGUGUGAAUACUGUAAAUAACCUAUAACAAAAUAACUUUUCAGUUAUAAAACAAGUAAUAUAUGUAUAAUUAGUGUCUUCAAUUAAGAUUGAACAAUAUAGUAUAUCAAAAUGACAAUUGUCGAUUACAUUCAUACUCUAUCAGAGAAUCCUUACUUUGGUGCUGGUUUUGGUCUCUUUGGUGUAGGAGCUGGGGCUGCUAUAUUAAGAAAAGGAAUGCAAGCUGGAAUGAUAUUCUUUAGGCGACAUUAUAUGAUUACUUUGGAAGUUCCAUGUCGAGACAAAAGUUAUCAAUGGCUCUUGCAAUGGAUCACACAUAGAGGUGCUACUAAAACGCAACAUUUGUCUGUUGAAACGAGCUUUGAACAAAAAGAAACUGGUCACAUUAAAACUAAAUAUGAAUUCAUACCUAGUAUCGGAACACACUUUUUUAACUAUCGAGGUAAUUGGAUUAGAGUUGAAAGAACAAGAGAACAACAAACGUUAGAUUUGCAUAUGGGUAUUCCAUGGGAAACGGUACAACUUACAGCAUUAGGAAGAGAUAGAAGUUUAUAUUUUAAUAUUCUUGAAGAAGCUAGACAAUUGGCUUUAAAGGAGCAUGAAGGAAAAACCAUAAUGUAUGUUGCGAUGGGCAGCGAGUGGAGACAAUUUGGACAUCCUAGAAAGAAAAGGCCGUUAACAUCAGUAGUCUUAGAUGUUGGAAUAUCUGAAAGGAUAUUAAAUGAUUGUAAAGAUUUUAUCAGUACUCCUUCAUGGUAUAGCAAUAGAGGAAUUCCAUAUAGGAGAGGAUAUUUAUUGCAUGGUCCACCAGGCUGUGGAAAAUCAUCUUACAUAACUGCAUUAGCUGGAGAGUUAGAACGUGGUAUAUGUGUCUUAAAUUUGUCCGAACGUGGCUUAACAGAUGAUAGAUUAAAUCAUUUAUUAGCAGUUGCUCCGCAACAAACAAUUAUUCUUCUUGAAGAUAUUGAUGCUGCAUUUACUAGUAGAGAAGAAUCUAAAGAAGUUAAAACAGCGUACGAAGGUUUAAACAGAGUUACGUUUAGUGGUUUAUUAAAUUGUUUGGAUGGCGUUGCAUCUACUGAAGCAAGAAUUUUAUUUAUGACAACGAAUUAUCUCGAACGUUUAGAUCCUGCUCUUGUGAGACCUGGUAGAGUUGACGUCAAAGAAUAUAUUGGUUGGUGCAGUGGUUCUCAAGUCGAACAAAUGUUCUUAAAAUUUUAUAAAUCACCUGAAAACGUAACGAAUGAUAUGGCAAAACAAUUUGCUAACGAAGUGAUGGCUCAAAAGAAAAACGUUAGUCCUGCUCAAAUUCAAGGGUUCUUUAUGUUCCAUAAAAAUGAUCCAGAAAAAGUUAUAAGCAAUGUUAAACAAAUAUGGGAACUUACAUAAUAAUGAAAAUUGAAAAUAUUGUCUACCUGGAAAUCUCUUUAAGAAUAUUUUGUAAUUAAAAAAAGUAAAAAUUUUAACUAUAUUAUAAUUUUUUGAAUAUGAGAUGUACUUUAUAUUCAUGUAGGUAAUCUGUAAAAAAAAUAUAAACUGUUGUAAUCGGAUGAGAUAUAUGUAAAUAUAUAGAGACCUCUUUUAUUAGUUUUAUAGCAAUAAUAAAUAAUGCAAUUUUCAUUUUCUUUUAUGCAUUAUCAAAAUCACCAUGCGUGUAACAAAAUAUAAUAUGAUAUAUUUAUUUGUCAGAUUGUAUACGAUAAUUGAGAAUGUUUCUUUUUUUUUUUUAAAUCUCAUUUUUAUACAUUUCUGCAUACUUAAACAGUAUACCGUUGCACAGUGUUUUUCUAAAAAUCCUAAUCGAAUGUGAGAAACACUGGAUUUGAUAUAAUAUAAGAUGGACAUGCAAAUACUGUAGUUCUCUUUUACACAAUUAUAUAUAUAUAUUAACUUAUAUAUGCAUUGUCAGUAUUACAUAUGGACGUUUUUAAGAAUACUGUUUUUUUUUUAUGUUAAUGUUUAAUAUAUAAAUUAUCUAUUAAAAGAAAUAAAAACCAUAUUAGAAUGUUCACAUAUCACCAAUACAAAAUAAUUUGAUUUUAAAUUUGAAUAAAAUUGAAUGCGCCUGCAAACAUAUAUAGUGUUUAAAUUGUAAUACUUUUUUAUCCUAUUAUUCAUUAACUUUUACAAAUUUAUACACAUUUAAUUAACUGGAAUAUACCAGAUUGUACUCUAGUUUUGAUACAAAUUUCUACCCACCUUGUAACAUUUGUAAAAUAUCAUAUUGCUUUAUUAUUUAAAGUUAAAAUGUAAAAAAACUAAUAUUAUGUAUAA